AUGCAGCUGGCUGUCAUUGCUGACUCCUGUUCAACUCUUUGUCCACCAGGACCCCCAUGGCUUUCCCCGCAAAGGUUCUCUAUAGGCAGCUGGUCCCAGCCUGUACCGUCGCGUGGUGUUAUCCUGGCCCAGACGCAGGACUUGGUCAAGCCAAUUCCAAAAGGUCCGACAGAAUCUCCUGUAACAAGAAAGUUGGAAAAACAUGUUGACUCAUUUAGCACCGUGCGGGACACGUUAAGAGGUCACCAAGACACAGUCUGCAUACCAUAUAAACUUCUUAAAAUUCGGGUACUACCCCGGGGUGCGCUAAGAGCUCCAAUCAAUGCAACGCUCAGGCCAGACCGCGAAAACACAAAAGCUUCGCCAAAUCCCCUGGAAGCCGACCGCUCUCACCAGCGCCAAGCUGCGAGAAAAGCAGAACGCUCCCAUGCGGAAAACCCCAGCGGGCCAGAGACUCGUCAAGCCCUGGGGGGGGGGGGAACUCGGGCGGCGGGGCAGCCCCUCGCCCCGACGGCGGCAUCCCCGGGGCUCGAACCGCCGACGGCGCCCUCAGCGCCUUCGCGCCGCGGGCGUUACGCAACGGCACCGCGACCUUGCGGGGAACUUCGGAGUCUUUCUCGGGGGGGGGACGUGCCGCCAGCAUCCCACACACACACACACACGCCCGCCGCCGCCUCACACCCCCGCUCCGGCAGCGGGAUACCGCCCCCGCCUCGCCUGGCGGGACCCCGGGACGCGAAGAGGGACAGAAAGAGGAAGGGGCCGCGGCUGAGAGAGAAGCCGCCCCCGCCCGAGCGCCGGGAGGGGGGCGCUACUAAAGCCCGCGACCCCACAGCGCAAACUUCGGCGGCGGCCGAGCCCCUGGAAGGGACCGUGCCGGCCCCCCCCGGGGUGAUUUCCAGUCCUCCCCGCUGUGCCUGCGUGGGCAGAGGCCCCACGGCUCUCUCGCCGCGGUGGGAAGCGUCCAGACCGCCUGAAAAAGCAACGCCGAACGCGUCUAUCGCUCCGGAGAGCUCGCGGUGCCCGUGGCGAGAGCCAGGAUUUCCAGCCCGCAGCGCUGAGCGGGACACGUCGUUUCCCACUGUCACUGCGAGCCAAAAAGCACAGAUACAGAAGUUUAAAGGAAAUCCUGUCCCUGCUCUGCCCUGUAACGACCAGCCUGUUCCCAGCACGGCCAGAAGAGCCAACGUGCCUGAGGUGGCUGGUGAUGGCGGGGGAGCGUCUCUGGCAGGAAACCUGCAGCCGAAGGGGGAUACUGGAGCCCCGCUCUUGAUUUGCACCCCAAAUACUCCAGAACAGAGUCUGGAACACGUAACACUUUGGAAACGGCGUUUGCCUUGCAUGUCGUGGGCAGUGGGGUGCUACGGGCUCAAUCCCAAUCACACGCCCCGCUAA